AUGUCUCUACAUUCCAUCAACAUCAACAACACUGACACCAAUAAGCGUAAGCGUGAUGUUAACAUCGCGAAGGAUCAAUUGAACGACUUAUCUUCACAAAUUGUGGAGUUGUGCAAAAACAAAGAUAACUCCGUUGAGCCCCGCUCAGUCUCAGAUCAUAUACAAAGCAUGGUUAUGAAUUUCUUGAGUUCAAUUCCAAAUGAUUUUGAUCGAGCGAUUGAACAUCUUGAGUUAAUUAUUUCCUCUUCUGUUCCAAAAGACUUGGUAAUGCUUUAUCUGAAUCAGAACUAUAGAAUGAUUGCUUAUACAUCCAUUCGUGAAUUUAUUAGUUCAUUUAAGAAUGAUCCCCUUAAACCAAUAUAUGCUUUUAUAGCGUUAAAAUUUUGCCAAAUUUUGCGAGAAAAUGUGAAGACUGAUGAUGGAUUGUAUCGAAUUUGUCGAAGUAGUUUAGGGGCUAUGAUAGAGUUCACAGGGAUCCCGAGGUGCAAGUAUGAGCAGAAAAAGUUGGUAUCCUUAAACAGUGUUUUUCCAUUUCUUAUGGAGAUAUCAGCUGAGUUAUCUCUUGACUUAGACUCGACAAUGGGAACAUCUGGAUUUGAGGGGUUAUCAUUUACCCUUGUGCGUGAUUUUAGAGCGUUUCUGCUCCCAGUAUGGAAUGUCUUAUGGUUGAUGGACAACGUCACUUAUGAAGAAAAGUUUUUUGAAAAGAUUGAUUUACCCAUGUGUGAAAUGUUCUAUGAUUUGCUAGCAAAAGUGACACUCUCUUUAAGGUUGUUGGAUUCAAAAAAGGUAAAAAAAGACAUUGUUGUACCUUGGUGGUCUCUAUAUCUUGAUAUCCUGAACGACUUACAGAGUAUAUCCAAACUGUAUAUCUAUAUGGAGGAUGAUUUUUGGCAGAACAUGAAGCAAGUAAAGGGCUCAUUGUGCUAUCUAAUAACAAACUUUGCAGAGAAAUCAGAACAUUAUGAGUGGAUUUUUGAGCACAAAGAGGUAACAAACUUUUAUAUACGGAGGCAAUUGGCAAUGAUGAUGGUUCCAGAAGUUGAAGAUAAUGUAGAAGAUCAGUACAAUAUGCUCAUUGAUAGGUCCAAAUUGAUAGUAGACUCGUUCGAUUAUAUUACCAAACUCAAAUACCUGCCAGGCAGUUUAUUUGUGCAAUUCAAAGAGGAACAAGCUAUUGGGCCUGGUGUGUUGAGGGAAUGGUUCUUACUAGCAUGUCAGGAGAUUUUCAACCCAAACAACGCACUUUUUGUUGCUUGCGCAGAUGAUAAUAGAAGUUUUUUCCCAAAUCAAGCAUCUGAAGUGAAUCCUUUACACCUUGAGUAUUUCCAGUUCUCUGGAAGGAUGAUCGCGUUGGCCUUAGCAUAUGAUGUCCAAAUCGGAGUAGCUUUUGACCGCGCAUUUUUCUUACAAUUGGCUGGAAAUGACGUAUCAUUGGAAGAAAUUAGGGACACAGAUCCAUUAUUGUACCGUAGUUGCAAUGAGAUAUUGCAUAUGGAUGCAGAGACCGUGGAUGGGGAUAUGUUAGGGUUAACAUUUGUGUGUGAAUUCGAGUCAUUGGGUUUGCGGAGAGAAAUAGAGCUAUGUCCAAACGGGAAAGAUAUCGUUGUGGACAGCAAGAACCGGGAGACUUAUGUUGAUCUUCUUAUCCAACAACGCUUUGUAACAUCAAUAGCAGAUCAGGUCGCGUAUUUCUCAAAAGGCUUUUCAGAUGUAAUAACUAGGUCAGAGUCCUUCUUCCGGUGUCUCAGCCUUGAGGAUUUCAACUUAAUACUUGGCGGUAGAAUUGAUAUUUCUGUCGAGGAUUGGAGAGCACAUACUGAUUACAAUGGCUAUGAUGAAGAAAGUGAUGUUCAAAUAUCCUGGUUUUGGAAGAUAGUAGAGACUAUGUCUGUUGACCAGAAGAAAAUGCUCCUUUUCUUUUGGACUUCAAUGAAGUCUUUGCCUUUUGAGGGAUUUGGUGGUCUUGAUUCAAAACUGUCCAUCCACAAAACCUUAGGGCCAGAUGAUCACUUGCCAUCAUCACAUACUUGCUUCUACCAACUAUGCUUACCAGUUUAUCAAUCCAUGACGGACAUGAAAGAUCGACUCAUGAUUAUCACCCAAGGAGACAUUGCAUCAAGCUUCGGUACCUUGUGAUUAGAGGCAGAGGCGAAGCAAAGAUUUCAGGGUUUAUAAACAUGUUCUUCAAAGUUACUUGUUCUAAAUUUAUAAUAAUACCUUGU